AUGACCACGCCAGUUCCCUUCUCCGAGCCACCGUGGCUCCUCGGCCUGCCCUCACCAAUCUUCAAAGAGACCCACCGCAAGUGGCAAACAGACAUCAGGGCAUUCAUAGAGAAGAACCUGAUGAAGGAUGCCAUGGAGUGGGAGAAGGCCGAGGCAGUCCCGGCCCACUUGUUCGACACCUUCGCGAAGGCCAACAUGCUCAUCCCGUGCCUUCCGGCGCCGCUGCCCGUCGCGUGGCUCAAGAGGCUGGGCAUCCACGAGCUGCUGGGCGGGCUCAAGGUCGAGGACUUUGACUACCUGCACGGGCUCAUCUACUCGGAUGAGAUGGCUAGGACUGGUGUGGUGGGGCCGGCCGCGAGCAUCACGACGGGCAUGUCGUUUGGCGUGCCGCCUAUCCUCAAGUUCGGCGACCAGCAGCUGCAGGAGCGGUUCCUACCGCAGCUUCUCAGGGGCGAGAAGAGAAGCUGCAUUGCCAUCACGGAGCCGGAUGCCGGGAGCGAUGUCGCGGGGAUCACCACCACGGCUGUCAAGAGCGCAGAUGGGAAGCACUACAUCGUCAACGGGACAAAGAAGUGGAUUACGAAUGGUAUAUGGACUGACUGGGCAAGUAUGGCGGUGAGGACCGGCCCCGAGGGUUCAGGGGCCGCAGGACUGUCGAUGCUGGUCGUGCCUCUCAAAAAUCAACCUGGCGUCACAAUGCGCCAACUCAAGGUGGGCGGCUCACUGACUGCGGGGACCACAUACAUCGAGCUCGACGAUGUCAAGGUCCCAGUCGAGAACCUCCUCGGGAAAGAAGGAAUGGGAAUGAGAUACGUCAUGACCAACUUCAACCACGAGCGACUCUCGAUCGCCGUCGGGGUGACCAGGCAGGCCCGGGUCGCCCUGUCCGCCGCCUUCGAGUACGUCCUCAAGCGCGAGGCGUUCGGGCGGCCGCUCAUGGACCAGCCGGUCGUCAGGCACCGCCUCGCCAAGGCGGGCGCCCUGCUCGAGUCCCAGUGGGCAUGGGUCGAGCAGUUCGCGUACCAGCUGACGCAGAUGCCCCAGGAGGACGGCGACCGGGAGCUCGGCGGCCUGACGGGCCUGCUCAAGGCGCAGGCCGGGCUGGUGCUCAAGGAGUGUGCCGACACGGCGAUGCUGCUCUUUGGGGGCAAUGGGUAUACGAGAUCCGGCCAGGGGGAGCUGAUCGAGAUGAUAUGGCGAGAUGUGCCCGGUGCGAGGAUUCCGGGCGGUUCGGAGGACGUUCUGUUGGAUCUUUCUGUUCGCCAGCUGGUCAAACUGUACAAGGCCAAGACGAAGGCUUUAGGAAAUAGCAAGAUCUAA